UCCGAUUUGACACUGAGACGACUUCACCAUGUCACCUUUUUAUUCCUACUUAGGAAAUACGUGAUGGCAUUCCCACGUUCAUCUGCUGUGGCUGAGUCUGUUCUAAAAACAUUGAACCCCCCCCCCGAUGGUUGGCUCUUAGAGCAGAGGGCGAAUCAUUAUGCGAGCUGAAAUAGGCCAACUACUCCAAUUAAAACAUGAGAAUCUGCAACCAAUCCACCCUUGCGGGAGCCCUGGCAGCCAGCCAUGCUGCAGCUGUCACGCAGAUAUCCGACAGCGACAUGACCGAUCUCCUCAAAAAGGGCGGCGUCGAACUCGCAGAUCGAUUGAGAAGGAUGGUGCGAAAAUCGAUGGUAUCGAGGCUGGCCUACAAUUACUCCAGCGACGGGGAAAGAGUCAUAAUAAUCCAUUCUAAAGAUGAAACAACAUGUGGGCACCAUCUCGGGCCCCUCUUUCCGCCCACAGCGACUACCACAACGUCGCCUGGGCCGAUAUCCAAAACACCCUCAACACAGCCCAGAUCCAAGCCCGGCGACGCCAAAGACCCCAAUGGCGUCAGGAGCAACGACCACCACAAGGUAUAUGUAGCCUGGUCGAACCAUGCGCACUUUGACACCAGCAACACGGGGUGGAAUGAUCCAGCCAGCCGGUCGUUGGAUCGUGCGUUCCGUAGUCAGUAUUGGUGGCACUAUAGAUUGUACGUUCGACCUGAUAAUUCGACGGAUGCUGGAAAGGCGCUUGGGAGUGCGGAUUAGGG